UUUGUGUUUUUUUUUGUUUAUAGAGCAAAAAAUAAAAAGCGCACAGGUGAUCAAAUACCACCAAAAGAAAGCUCUAUUUGUGUGAAAAAAGGACGUAAAUUUUGUUUGGGUAUAGCAUUGCAUGACCGCGCAAUUAUCAUUUGAAUUAGUGCAGCGCCAAACAGCAAAAAAAGGCCUGGUCAUUAAGGGGGGUAAAUCCUCUGGGGCUCAAGUGGCUAAGUUGGGCAUCCCAUAAUCCCUAUUACCCUAUCCAAGUUUAUUUCCCCUAAUAAAAUAACAAAAACCAAGUUCACUGACUGUUCACUGACUGUGGAUGCAAGUGUGAAAAAUGCAUGUUGCAUGG